AUGGAGUCUGUUCCUGAGACGGAGCGCAUGGAGGAGUUCAAGCCCUCGCCUGUGCCCUCUGUCCGCCUCGGAGCCGCCAACCACGACGGCGGCAACAACAACAACAACAACAACAACAACAACAACAACAACAACAGCAGCAGCAGCAGCAGCAGCAGCAGCAAUAACGCGGCCGUCCCCACGCUCCAUCUCGACCUCUCGUCGAAGCCGCCCACCUUGCGCCGCAGUACCGACCCGAGUCCCCCGUCCCCCGUCACGCCCUCGUGGGCGCCCUCCUCGAUUCCCUACCGCCCUCGAACCGCUUCGCCCCUCUCUGCCUCCCACUCCCACUCGCGCUCCUGCUCCGCCGCCGGCCUCGCCAUGCCCAUGUCCCGGACCCAAUCCAUGCCGGGCCUCAGCGCCUCGGGCCGCAUCCUCUACUCUCCUCAGGUGCGGCCCGCCAGCCCCUUGGGCUCUCCCCGCCGCGUACGAACCCCCCGAAAGCCCGUCGACGAUGUUUUCCCCACGUCAUCUCCCGUCCGGGCCUCUGUCCACGACGCCGAGCCCCAGUCCACAUCCUCCACCGCCGAAAGAAGCUGCUCCCCGAGUCGAGCCAGCCCCACUCCAGGCUCUCUGGCCCGCCACCGCCGCCCACCCUCUCCCCUUCGAGGCGUCGCUCCUCCCAGCGCCUCGUCUCUGGCGCUGCUGCCCUCGACCCCGUCCUCGAGUUCCUCCGUCUCCCCCAUGAGAGCCUACGACGCACUGUCUGGCUUUCACGGCGGCAGUCUCUCCUCUGUCCCCUCGACCCCGACCUCUACUCGGUCGCGCAGUCCCAGCAUCUCGAGCCUCGAGACCAUUCCCGACUCUCCAGACGCAGAAGAGGCCGCCCUCGAGGCCGAGAGACUGGCCCGGCUGCAGGCCGCCGCCGAAGCUGCCGACGGCCUCGAUUCGUCGGAUGCAAGGGCACGCAACGCCAACGACGUGCCCGCCCGCGGCCGCACCAUGAACUUUGGCUCGAGAGACAAGCGCAAGCGAUGGAGCGUCUGCGGUGCCGAGCGCCGAGGGGACAUUGACCUGGAAACCAUCUGGGAGGACUGA